AUGAACUGGACGAGGAGCGAGCAUAGGAAGGAAGGAAGGAAGGAGAGGAUGAAGGAAAAGGGGGAGGAGGAGGAGGAGGCUACUGUGAGUCAGCUCUCACAGCUGUGUAUGAGGUAAAAUACACACUCUCCCCUCCUCUCCUCCUCCUCCCCUCACUCACUCAUCUGUGGUUCAAGAUUUAAAGAUAUGUUGACACUAUUGCAGGAUGUCAAAUAUUACUCUCUAAAACCGCCAAAAUAAAAGUCCCCCUUCUUUUAAAUUCUGAUGACCUCAGCGUGAGAGCAUGUGCAGAUGACUGUUGGGUUAAUAUUUGAUUUCAGUCCUCACCGCCCCACCCUGACUUGUUUAUUAGACUCGUGGUUCAUCGGGGGAUCUGGAGUGCCACAGGGGUCAUGUUGGGGAUCCUUCAGAAUUAAAAUAUCACAUUUAUCAGAUUCUUGUGAGAUUCCAAACAGAAAUGAAUUACAUUUUGGAUUAUUUAGUUACAUGUAUUUAUAUUUUCUUAAAGUAUAAAGUUUCUAAGGUCCAAAAAAGUUUAUUUUUUCAGAAUAUGCUCACAGGAGAUAAACCAUUUCAAGGUUAUAGUUUGUUAUCUGAAGGUACAAGAUAAGCACACAGUGGGUUUAGAGUGUGGGAGUUUGAGGGGGUUCUGGUUGAGAUAAAACUCUUCCUACUGUAGUUCAUCUCAGAGAUCUUGUCAAAUAGAGAAAUCACUUUUAAUCUGGACUCUGUGACACUUUUGGUUCACCUCUCGUGUCGGUUUCUGUGUCUCCGUGGGGUUUCAACAUGUGACUGUUUCAUUGAAUUGUUUCACUCCAGCGUGCCUGUACACGCUGCCGUGUUCCCGGCCCACAUAUCUCCCUCACUCUCCAGGCCUCCUCUGCUGCUGCUCCUCCUGCUUCUCCUCCUGCUGCAGGAUCUCUGCGCCAUGCGUAA